UCUGACUUCUCUCUUAAAUUAUUUGUUGUAUGUUUUUGAUGCAGAAGGUGAAAUCGAGUCCUCCAUGGAGAUGGAGAAGAGGCCGAGAGAAUAUCUACGAGUAACCCAGCAAGAUUCCGACCGAAUCGGCCGACUUAACAUCCCUCGACCUCAAGCCUUCUACUGUUUCUACACAGAGUUCAACCUCAGAGGCAUACGGGUCGACCGAUUCCAACCCGGUUCCGUGACUUGCUCUUUCACAGUUCCCCCUCGCCUUAUUGAUCGGAAUGGAAAUCUGGCAGUGGGUGCAAUUUCUGGUUUAGUAGAUGUGAUUGGUGCGACUUUGGUGUAUAACAAGGAUGAAUCUCUUAAUGUUUCUUCGGAUAUGUCGAUUUCUUACCUUUCUAUGGCCAAGUUGAAUGAUGAGUUGGAGAUUAGCGGAAAGCUUCUGGGUAGAAAAGGGGGAUACCGAGGAACUCAUGUCAUUUUGAAAAAGAAAGCAACCGGAGAGAUGAUUGCCGAAGGACGGCAUUCAUUGUUUUGUAAACCAACUAGCAAAAUCUAAAAUAAGAUUGCUCUCCUGAUUAUAUAAGAAGGUCCGAGAGGUCUUCUGUUCAGUUAUAUUCAAAUCUCGGCAUCACCUUCUUUGGUCUUUGAUACUGUGACAGGCGGUUCGCUUCAAGAACUUGUUUUGGUGUUUGAUGUUUGUCUUUUUUGAAUGAAGAUGAAUCCUUGAGUGGUUGGAA